AGCUGCUGCCAAUGCUACAGCAUGGGGUUUUUUUCCAUGCACAAAUUACAUACAUGAUCACUAAGUGUCAUGGUUCUAGGUUUUUUCCCUUACUUGUCUUGGAAACAACUUAAUCAGCUUUUGCACUACAACGUCAAGUGAUGGAAGAUACCAGAGAGAUUCUACAGGAGGAGGAUGGCUUCCAGCACAAUGAGAUGGAGGAUAAAGACAGGGGAGAAACAAAGUCUCCAAGGAGGAUCAUUUACUUUGCAAAUGGUGAAACCAUGGAAGAGUAUAGUACGGAAGAAGAGGAGGAGGAGGAGGAGCAGCAGCAGCCACUUGACACAUCCAAACUCUCCUGGGGGCUCUAUCUGCGGCUGUGGGCAGUUCGAAUCGCAACAACUUCACUUUUUACUUGCGAAUUCCUCGGUGGGAAGCUUGCCAUGUUCUUUGGACUCAAUGAACCUAAAUAUCAAUAUGCAAUAGAUGAAUACUACAGGACACAGAAGAAGGAAAGUGAAGAUGAUGAAGAUGGUGAAAAGAUCUCUGAGACAAAUGAGGCAGAAUCUCUGAAUGAAAAACACCACCUUGAGGUACAGGGUGUAGAAUAUGGAUCUAUUAGACUCAAGGAUGCUAUGGAGUUUUCUCAAAGAAGCACUUUUGCAAACAUUAAUGAGGCUUCAAAACAUGACCUACAAAGUCCAAACUGUAUCUCAGCUGUUAAGAAAUGAUGGCAACAUUGUCAGUGUGGUCUCUUCUGAUACUGAAAUAACUCUAUAAUAGGACAUGAAUAUAUCAUUAGCAUGCUCUGUGUCUAACAUAUCACAUUCCUUUGUCCAGAAGUGUUAUUCAAGUGUCCAAUAGCCAGCCAGAUAGAGCCAAAAUAGCUCUGUGAUGGAGAAAGGUAGAAAGGAGAUGGUGAAGAUUUAAUGCUGCCUUCUGUAACAUCUGACUCUUUACAAUUUGAGCUAAGGAGGUUGAUGGCGCAUCUGCCACCUGGUUCCCUAUGUUUAUGAGCAAUGAACUGGAGCCCUUACAUUCUGAUGUGUGAAUCAUGGACUUGACAUUAGAUGGUUACUUUUGAAAGUGGAAAACAUCCCUUUGGGACUAUGCAAUGGAAUUUGAUAUGCUAGGAUAUCUAAAGCAGCCUGCUGAAUCAUAGUCUAUUCUGGGUAGCAACAGAUGCUUCCUAAUCAAAAUAAGAAUGAUGUAAA